UGCGCGGCGGCGUCAUGGCGGCGCACCUGAAGAAGCGGGUGUACGAGGAGUUCACCAAGGUGGUCCAGCAGCAGCAUGAGGACCUGUCCACCAAGAAGCUGCGGCUGACCAAGCCCAGCAAGUCAGCAGCGCUGCACGUGGACCUGUGCAAAGCCACCUCGCCUGCUGAUGCCUUGCAGUACCUGCUCCAGUUUGCCAGGAAGCCCGUGGAAGUGGAGAGCGUGGAAGGGGUUGUCAGGAUCCUGCUGGAGCAUUAUUACAAGGAGAAUGAUGCCUCUGUAAGGCUGAAGAUUGCAUCCUUGCUGGGGUUGUUGUCAAAGACUGCAGGAUUUUCCCCAGACUGCAUUGUGGAUGAUGCCAUUAACACCCUUCAGAAUGAGAAGUCUCACCAAGUCCUUGCUCAGCUGCUGGACACCCUGUUAGUGAUUGGCACAAAACUCCCAGACAAUCCAUCUGUCAGGAUGAGACUGGUAGAGGUAGCCUGCAAGCAUCUGACAGAUUCUUCUCAUGGUGUAAGGAAUAAGUGUCUUCAGCUAAUUGGCUGUCUUGGCCCAGUGGAAAAAGGUGUUGCAAAAGAGGCUGAAAGCCAGGCGGCCAAAGAUGUCCAGAAGAUAAUAGGAGAUCAUUUUAAUGAUCAGGACCCUCGAGUUAGGACUGCAGCUAUAAAAGCCAUGCUACAGCUUCAUGAAAGAGGACUAAAGUUGCAGCAAGCUAUUUAUAGUCAGGCCUGCAAGCUGUUGGCAGAUGAUUACGAGCAAGUGCGCAGUGCUGCAGUUCAGCUGAUUUGGGUCCUCAGUCAGCUUUACCCUGAAAGCAUCGUCCCGAUUCCUUCUUCUAAUGAAGAAAUUCGCUUGGUUGAUGAUGCCUUUGGAAAAAUUUGCCAUAUGGUUAGUGAUGGUUCCUGGGUUGUAAGAGUACAAGCUGCAAAGUUAUUGGGUUCUAUGCAACAAGUUAGCUCUCAUUUUUUGGAGCAGACCCUUGACAAGAAGCUCAUGUCAGAUCUGAGGAGGAAGCGCACUGCACAUGAACGAGCCAAAGAGCUCUACAGCUCUGGGGAGUUUUCAAGUGGCAGAAAGUGGGGAGAUGAUGCUCCCAAAGAGGAAAUCGAUACUGGUGCUGUCAACUUGAUUGAAUCAGGAGCUUGUGGGGCUUUUGUUCAUGGCCUGGAAGAUGAGAUGUAUGAGGUUCGAAUCGCUGCGGUUGAAGCCCUGUGUAUGCUGGCUCAGUCCUCGCCUUCUUUUGCUGAGAAAUGCCUGGAUUUUCUGGUUGACAUGUUUAAUGAUGAAAUUGAGGAGGUCAGAUUGCAGUCAAUACACACAAUGAGAAAAAUCUCCAACAACAUCACGCUGCGGGAAGACCAGCUGGAUACUGUGUUGGCUGUCUUGGAGGAUUCUUCAAGGGACAUUCGGGAAGCACUUCAUGAACUAUUGUGUUGCACCAAUGUUUCAACUAAAGAAGGCAUCCAUCUUGCACUGGUGGAGCUGCUGAAAAACCUGACCAAGUAUCCCACUGACAGAGAAUCCAUAUGGAAAUGCUUGAAGUUCCUGGGAAGCAGGCAUCCCACUUUGGUGCUUCCAUUAGUCCCAGAGCUGCUGAGCACACAUCCGUUCUUCGACACUCCAGAACCAGACAUGGAUGACCCAGCCUACAUUGCUGUUCUUGUUCUGAUUUUUAAUGCUGCUAAAAGUUGCCCAACAAUGCCUGCCCUGUUCUCUGACCAUACGUUCAGACAUUAUGCCUAUCUUCGGGACAGUCUCUCUCACCUGGUCCCUCCACUAAGAUUGCCGGGUAGAAAGCUGGUGUCCUCUGCUGUGUCUCCCAGUAUUACCCCACAUGAAGAUCCUUCCCAGCAGUUCCUGCAUCAGAGCCUGGAGAGGGUUUACAACUUUCAGCACCUCGACCCACGGGGCAUACAGGAGCUGCUGGAAUUUACCAUCCGUGAUCUUCAGAGGCUUGGAGAGCUGCAGUCAGAACUGGCAGGGAUGGCAGAUUUCACUGCAACUUACCUUCAGUGUCAGCUGCUCCUCAUCAAGGCCUUGCAGGAGAAGUUGUGGAAUGUGGCAGCUCCUCUGUACCUGAAACAGAAUGCAUUGGCAUCUGCUGCAGCAAAACAGAUCCUGGCAGAAACUUACAAGAUGGAGUUCAUGUACAGCGGAGUGGAAAGCAGACAAGUGGUCAUCAUUCACCACAUGAGACUGCAAGCCAAGGCCUUGCAGCUGAUAGUGACCGCCCGCACCACCAGAGGAGUGGAACCUCUUUUUGGGAUGUGUGAAAAAUUCCUCCAAGAAGUGGAUUCCUUUCAGAGAUGUUUCAUCUCUGAGCUGCCACAUAUGCAAGGCAGUUUUGUAGAUAAAUUGCUGGACUUAAUGCCCAGACUUGUGACAUCCAAGCCUUCAGAAGUGGUCAAGAUUCUUCAGACAACACUGAGACAAAGUACCUUCCUCCACCUUCCUCUUCCAGAGCAGCUCCAUAGAGCCACUGCCAAUAUCAUUGAGCCUACUGGUGAAUCUGAUAAUCCCCUGAGGUUUACAUCAGGAUUGGUUGUGGCACUGGAUGUUGAUGCAACUCUGGAACAUGUGCAGGAUCCCCAAGGAACUGUUAAAGUUCAGGUGUUGUAUCCAGAUGGACAAGCACAGCUAAUCCAUCCUAAACCAGCUGACUUCCGAAAUCCCGGCCCUGGGAGGCACAGGCUGAUAACUCAGGUUUACCUCUCUCACACAGCCUGGACAGAGCCAUGUCAGAUUGAAGUGCGAUUGCUGCUGGCUUACAACUCCAACAGGAGCAAAGCAUCUUCCAGAGCUCCUAAAUCUACCUGGAGUGAGAGCUUGGAGGCUCUCCCACCCCCUGAAAAUGGCAUAGAGGGGACCAUCCCCUUCAGCAAACCUGUCAAGGUGUAUAUAAUGCCCAAACCUGCCAGGCGGUGAAGGCUGGUGCUGAAAAACCUAUUUAUGGGCUUUGUUGUGUCCAAAUGCAGAGUCCAAGACAGCAAACUAAGCCAAAACAGCCUUUACAUGCCUAAAGGGAGUCAAAGCUGCUGAGGAACAGGUCUCUUAGGCAGCAGGCAAAUACAGGAGUUACUCAGCUAGUUAGGAGUGGUUUCAAGAAAAUGCAGGUUUUUCUAUAUUGACUCCACAGAAACAGAACAGUUCACAAUCAGCAUUCCAGUAGUAAUUUCACUGGGUUGUAC